GUGGCUGUUUCUUUACGCUCACUGGAAGGCUCAGGGCCGGCUCCGUGCCUGGGAAAGUGGGUUACAGCGCGCAGGAGCUCAGCCCAGACUCUGAGCAUCCCUUUCCUGGCGAAGGAACAGCCCGGACACAGACUGAGCGGAGGGGAACCUCUUCGCUUCGGGGCCCUGUCUCUUUUCCUCCAGGGUUGCCUGGCCUUUUGAACGUCGUGCUCCUUGGACUUUCUUGCCUUCCGCCGGGGUGUGCAGAGGAAGGGUUCUGUGAAGAGUUCGGAGGGAAGGAGCCGGGGCAGCGGCCGGAGAGAGGCCGAGUGGGAAGGCGCCCCGACCGGCAGCGCCUGCUGCGCCCGGGCCGAGGAGCUGAGCCCGCGGUGGUCCAGCGUCCAGCGUCCGGCGGCCCGCAGACCCCCGGAGCGCCCCGCCGGCCCCGCGCCGCCACCAUGGUGGGCAGAGGCCAGCCGGAUCGGAAACAGUUGCCGCUGGUCCUACUGAGAUUGCUCUGUCUUCUUCCCACAGGACUGCCGGUGCGCAGCGUGGAUUUUAACCGCGGCACGGACAACAUCACCGUGAGGCAGGGGGACACGGCCAUCCUCAGGUGUGUCGUAGAUGAUAAGAACUCGAAGGUGGCUUGGUUGAACCGUUCUGGUAUCAUUUUCGCUGGACAUGACAAGUGGUCUCUGGACCCCCGGGUGGAACUGGAAAAGCGCCAUUCUCUGGAAUACAGCCUCCGAAUCCAGAAGGUGGAUGUCUACGAUGAGGGUUCCUAUACUUGCUCAGUUCAGACACAGCAUGAGCCCAAGACCUCCCAAGUUUACUUGAUUGUUCAAGUCCCACCAAAGAUCUCCAACAUUUCCUCGGAUGUCACUGUGAAUGAAGGCAGCAAUGUGACCCUGGUCUGCAUGGCAAAUGGCCGUCCUGAACCUGUUAUCACCUGGAGACACCUGACACCCACUGGAAGAGAAUUCGAAGGAGAAGAGGAGUACCUGGAGAUUCUUGGCAUCACCAGGGAGCAAUCAGGCAAAUACGAAUGCAAAGCUGCCAAUGAGGUCUCCUCGGCGGAUGUCAAACAAGUCAAGGUCACUGUGAACUAUCCCCCCACUAUCACAGAAUCCAAGAGCAAUGAAGCCACCACAGGGCGACAAGCUUCACUCAAAUGCGAGGCCUCUGCAGUGCCUGCACCUGACUUUGAGUGGUACCGGGAUGACACCAGGAUAAACAGUGCCAGUGGUCUUGAGAUUAAGAGCACGGAGGGACAGUCCUCCCUGACGGUGGCCAACGUCACUGAGGAGCAUUAUGGCAACUAUACCUGCGUGGCUGCCAACAAGCUGGGGGUCACCAAUGCCAGCCUAGUUCUUUUCAAGCGUGUUUUACCCACAAUCCCUCACCCCAUUCAAGAGCUUGGCACCACCGUACACUUCAAGCAAAAAGGACCUGGGUCGGUGAGAGGCAUCAAUGGAUCCAUCAGUCUGGCCGUACCACUGUGGCUGCUGGCAGCGUCCCUGCUCUGCCUGCUCAGCAAAUGCUAAUCGAAUACACAUUUUAAAACCAUCAUCCUCAUAAUAAAAACACACAAACAUGCGUCACACAGGAUACAAAGAGAGAGAGCGUGAUAGAUUGUGGGGGAGGGGAGGGGAGAUACCGUUGAUUUCACAACUCCGUGUGUUUAUACAUGAAGGGGAAAUAUGAAACAUGAAGGGGGAAAUAUGAAAACGAAGAUGAAACUACAUUUCGGACAAAAAAAAACAAACCAAUCCAUCGGGUUUCAAAAAAAAGUGAGGAUAAUUCAGGGUGGGAAAAGUUCUACCCAGAUCUGUGUCUAUCUCAGCAAACGGAUGCUGUGUAAAUGUAUGCUGCAUUGCAUGAAGGACAUCCGGGUGUUGUAAAAGAGAAUGCAUAUGAAGAAGGACCAGAUGGACAGUCACCACACGAGCACCCUUGAUCCUGCCUGCCUUCAUCUCCCUUCCCUCCACUUGGGAGAGACACACGGGCCCUGCCUUCGGUGUUUAUAUUUCCAAAAUCGUUUUCCUUUGAGCCAUUUCAGACUAUCAGCGGAGCCCAGCCUGGGGUCACGUGUUGAGCUUUUAUCUGGCUUCCCUGCCUCCACUCUCUCUCUCUCCCACUUUUGAAGACCAGCCUGUCUCCCUCCAGUGUGCUCUGUCGAUCCCCUCUUUCCCACUUCCCUUCACCCCGCCCAGGACUAGUCACGCCGCAAAUGCUAGGAAGUGCCCUCUUCAUUUGAUCUACCGUGUGUGCGUGCUCAAGUCUCUCUCUCUUUCACGUGGCUGUACAUGUGAGUGAGUGCGUGUGCGCGUGUCUCUCUCUCUCUCUCUCCUCUAAAGCAUGCCAAGGGAAUGGUCCACGUGUACAUAGACUCAUUGUGCUGUAGAUACUGUCCUGCAUUGUACUUGUGAGAUGCGGCCGUGAUGAGGUGCUGGGGGCCCUGGCAGGAGAGGGGACAAGCAGAGCCCCUGUGCCAGCCUUUGCUGCCACAGGCCAUCAGAGUGCAUUCAAAAAUGAGCUGUGCCCCUUCCAAGGGCAGGACCCCACGUCCCUCCUAGUUCAGUCAUCAGAACCCCCCACGAGUCACUCAGAACGAUCAGUGAAAGUGCCUCCUACUGAUGGGGUGCGCAGACAAUAGAAAGGAACCGAUGAGAUAGAUGGGGGCCUAGGAGAAAGGGUUUCUGAUUUCACUCUUUGUUCGCAAUUCUGAUGAAUUCAUAGAUUUCUGGGCUUUGCACAGGCUCACCUCUGCUCUGCUGCAGGCGUGAGUAGGCCGCGCCGAAUCAAUUCCCAGAAGCAGGAAGAAUGCCCAGCGUUCAUUCCCUGUGGCUGAAUGAUGAGCCACACGGAGGGCCCCAGCAGCCCUGUUUGACCCCCCUCCUUUAAUCAUCCAGUGACACUGCAUUCUCCUCAUGGAUGCUUCUGAACAGAGGUGUUUCACAUUUCCGAAGAAAUGCAUGGAAAGUGAGCCAGAAAGAAAAGGUUCCCAGAUAGUCGCCUCCCUCUCUACACCCUGGGGAUACUGGCAAGCUUGGAGCACAAAGCAAAGGCCCUGUUAGAGAGCCACUCGCUCCUUGUGCCCCUGGGGAAAGUAUUCACCUGGCAUCCUAGGACAUUACUUUCUUUGGUUCGUUCUAGGCUAGUACUUUCUUUGUUGUGCACUUCUAUCUCCCUUCAAGUGCACGGAUGGUGCGUCUAACGCCAUCGUUCACAGAGGUCUGUCAUUCUCUAGAGUAGGCCACUAAGAAUUGCAUUAAAAUCAUCUUCCCUACUUGCUUUGAGCUUCUGGUCUGUUGGUAGGAAAAUAUGGUAAGGAUCUACAUAGCAUUUAAAUGUACAUCUACAAGAGUGCUCUUGCCAGGAACACUGAAACCGGAGCUAGUUACGGAACCGAAAGAGCUCGGCCCCUUGUAAGAAAUCUAGGUGGAAGUCUGAGAAUCACAAAGCUUGAUGUCACCACAGGUCUUUCUUAGAAUGGUCUUGUAGCUAGCUCACAGCCUGUAGAUGUCUUUGUCAGGAAACUAGUCCUUGCUCGAAUUUGUACUAGAAGCGAUUUGGAUGUGCUUUGAAGUCGUGGUUGAAUGUGUUUGAUCACAGCCAAAGGUGUUGUGCUACUGAGUUUGGGGACCUUUGGAAUCAGUUGCAACAUGAUAGGAAAUGGGAAACUGAACAAUUGUCCAUUCAAAAUAAUAAGAAAAGAAACCCUCUGGAAAUUAGCUUGAGGUCUCUGAGCAAAGGCUUUUUGCAAGGAAGCUCUUCUUUGUAGAGACGUAUCUCCUUGACAGACGGCAUUUUAAAGUUCCUUAAGAGAUUUCCAGAAGCUGUUCACUAUUAUUCAUUUGUGAUUUUGCAGUUCAGACCUGAGACUGAAUGGACAGAUUUGGCUUGGGGAUAGGCAAGAGUCUUUCUGGCAGAUUCUGACAUAGGACCGAAACUCGUAUCCAAGAAGAUAGCUACUUAAAAUUAAAGGAAGGGUUGCCAUACUUCUAAAUAGCACCAAUUUAUUGACAAUCAGGGCUGAUCUUCUUAGUGUAAAGAAUAAAAGGUUAUCAUCUUUGAUAAUAAAUGUUCCCCCGUAGAGUGAAGAGGCAGCUGCAGCGUGGAGUGGAAGCUUUAGAAGAAUGCAUACUAACUAAAAACUGAGCAAAAAGGGUGAAGUAACAGGGUUUAAUUCCGAUGUCAUUGAGCAUCUGUGCCAGCCCCCUUAGCACGUCACUGACUUUCCUCAAACUCCUGGCAUUUCCAUUAUUUCCACUCUGUGUUAAGGACGAGGACCUUGUUCCUGAAAGAAGCAUCAUCUUCAGUGGAAGAGAAUGUCUUGAUCAUUUCCGCGCCAUUUAUCCUCUUGGCUUUGAUAGAAUGGACCAUAUAUUAAACAUUAUUAAACAUGUAUUAAAUAUCGUGGUGACUUUGAAUAUGACUCUGGAAAGAUCUUGGGUUGGUUCGUUGUGGUUACUGUUGUUGUUGUCUAUUUCCGAGAAAGUGCUGAGCCUAGAAAUCUCACGUGUUUGAACAUGUAUGUCAGCAAUGUGGCGGAUGGAGGAGAACAUCCUUUUGAGCAAGGUCAAGCAAAAGAGUGACCAGAGGACUCCUCCCAAGACAUGGGGGCUCCACAUAAAUGCCUUGAAAUGCCAUACAGAACAGGGCAUAGACCACUUCAAGAAUUGGGUAGACAACGUUGGAAACUCUUUACCAACAAAACAAAACAAAAGCCAAGUGAGGAGGGUCAUGACAAGUCAUUGGAAUGAAUAAUAUACUUCUGGUCGGUAAAAACCUCCUUUUUAUGCAAAAUGAAACUCCAGCAUCCAUAAAACGCAAUCCUUAGACCCAACUUUCAGUUGGCAAAUGCCGACCCAAUCCUUGCCCACGAGGCUGCUUGAGCAACGCAAGCUUCCGGUAGGCAUGGUACCACGCGCGAUGGUUCAUCAAAAGGUUUCGCCUUGUUGGAGGGUCCACCUGACUUAUUUUAAGAAGAGGCCGUAUCUUUGUGCCCUGGAAGAACGAAAGCUGAAGAGAAAGUAGCUCGUUUUGUUAUUGUGCUUGGAAAGGACUGUCCCGUGGACUCCUGCUUUUUCUUCCACAUCAGGCGUUCUUCUCCCUUGCUGUGGGCUUUUUUUUUUUUUUUAAUUUUUAAUUACAUAUUAAGACAUCCGGGCUAUUCACAGAGACCUUGGAAAAGUACUCGUGAUUUUUCAUGUCCUUGGAGGACUGAAACAAAAAUCUGUUUCUCCUCCAGAAAUGGACUUACCUCCUUCGCACACAAAAACUAAACUCAGCAAGAGAGUUUCUGAGUUGUUAGCUUCUGCCUGCUCCAGCAUCACAGACUCCAUCCUGUGAUCAGGCUGGUUGGGAUCGGACCCUUUCUGUCGGCUGGUCUUCCCCCAAAGUUCUCCUUUUGUUCUUGCACACCUUGGGUUAUUGGUGGAAAAAUAUAUAUGUGUACGUAAUUUUUAAAAUUUUCUCUCGACAAAUGCGAUAUUUACAAUAUUAUAUGUAUGAUAAGAAAAAUGUAGCAUAAUGGUUUAAAUUUAAAAGCAAGUGCUGAGUUCGGAGUUUAAAAAGAGCUGUGCUUCCUUUGAAAAGACAUGAAGCCCCCCCUUUCGAAUCCCCCCUUCCUCUCCCACUUGGUACUUAUUGGUUUUAAAACAAGCUGUCUGUGUUCCAUCUCAUAGAUUAAGCACGUCCUGUUCUUUCCUCAUUCAUACCCUUUUAGCCUUGGUUUUUGUCUGGGCCCUCUCAUUUUCGAUAGAAACCUAAAUUCAAUGCUAUCUGGGAACUACAGAAACUAUUAAUAUUUUGCAAUGAGAUACCAGUAAAAUAUUGAGAAAGACCCCAAAUUCAGGAACACAGGUCCACUUGAAGAAGAUUCCUUUUUCCUUAAGUAUUUAAAAAAAAAAAUCUCCAAAGAUUGCAUUUGCCCUGGUGAUGUAAAUUCCCCAUCAUAGUUGGCAUAAUAUCUGUAAACAUCUCACUAAAUACAAAAUGGAGUUUACAUCGACGGGCAGACUAGCGGAAGAGAAGUAAACUAGUUUCAUUUGCACGUAACUAGCUUGUUCAAAUGACACCCAUGGAAAUUUAAGAAAGGAUUUGUUCUCAUCCGGCGAUGCACACCACUUUCCUCUUGGCAAGGAAGGUGGUAUUAAAGCGAGGUGUAGGUUUAGCAUUGACACGUAGGAAAAUGUUUAUGACUAUUAUGGAAAACUUAUUUUUAAAAUCUUGAUUUCCAUUCAGCUCAUUUACAACCUGUGUGCUGAUUAAUAAAUUAGGCACCAAUCAUGUGUAAAUCAAUGUAAAUCGCUAGUUUAUGUACAUAAUAUAAACUGUGUAAACUUCAGUUUUCACGCAGGGCCCAAAUGCAGCUAAACCUCUGAAUCUUAAAGAAAAAAUAAAAUAAAAAUGGCAUCCAGGGAUACAAGCCAAAUCCCUCCAGAGGUCAGUCUGGGAAGAAGUGUGAGGAAGGGCCCGAACACAAGGUUACCUCAAGCAAAAGGAAGCAGACCUGCAGGAGUUGAGGGGGCAAAGGCUUCCUUUUGUCCCUGAGAAAGUCCCACAACUCAAAGGCCACCUCUUUCAGCACCUAACUUGAGACUCACCGGACACCUAAGCAAGUCAGACUGUCCCAGAAAUGAAGGACGGACCCGGGAAGGGAGGAGUUUUGAGGUUCAGUUGUGCUGGGCAUCCACUCUCAAGUCCCUCCCCGGCCGCCUCCCUCCCUGGUCACCCGCACCUCGGAGAGGAAGGAGUCACUGGCUGUAUCCUUCACGGCUCCAUAGACACACUGGGGAAGCUUCUUCGUGGUCUUGAUUCCGAAGGCUUGUUCAGAUAGCCAGUGUCACCUCAUUGAGACAUAUCCUGCAGAGCCGCGUGCUAGGAAAGAGCUAAUGAAUCUGUCACUUAUGUUCCUACCUAUCGAUCCUGAAUGGAAUCCUUCUGAUUGGGAGUUUCUCUCAAGCAUGUCUUUUAGAAGUGUCUAAAGUGGUUAGCAGAGUGGCAUAUAGACCUUUCCGACAGAGGGGACCCCAACUGGUAUAUAGAGAGUCCUCAAAGACGACUUCGGGGACUGCAUGAAUUUUCUGCAAGGUUGAAGUUCUAGAAAGAAGAGGACCGAAAUGGGCUCCUAUUAACAUCAGACUCAGAGAGCUGCGAAGCGUGUGGGACCGGCAGUCAGGAGAAUGGGGUCCUAGCCCAGCGUCUCGCCACGAACACGUUGGGUCACCAGGGACAAGUCAUUGGGUCUUUGUUUUCACCGCCACAUAGCUAGGACUUUGAGGACAUUUUCUUUUAAGUUUCUUUCCACUCUAAGCUCUCUGGUUCCGAGCCUGAACUUAGGACGUAUGCGGUGCUAAGCCCAGAAAACUGACCCAUGCCAUCCCCUCCAGGUUGGCCUCCGAACUGACUCCCUUGGCAGAAACAUCACUUCCCCUUUGUCAUUCCAAAAUCCCAAACCAUGUAGAAUGCAAUGUCUCUUGCCUGGUCCUAUAAUUCUGUCCCUCCCAACACUUCUUAGUAAUAUGGAGAAGGGGCGCAUGUAGAUUACACUGAAGAUAUUGAAAUAACUAGAGCUUGUCUCCUUGUUUAUGUGAUUAUAAAAUCUAACUUGAACUCUAUUCUAAUAACCUUUUGUCGGAAGGAAAACACCCAGACUGGGGAUUCUACAUGUAACAAGUGAGGAAGUUGUGCAAAUGAAAGGAAACAUCCGUUUUCUCUCAUUCUGGGCCAAGCGCCUCAUUAUCACAAAUGUGUGUCCUUGGGAACUCUGCUUGGAUGGUUGGCAGUGAACACGUGGUCCCAGCUGGGUUCAAAAGGCAGUUCUGUGAGAAACAGGCAGGAUAAUAUAUUCUGUUUGGGAAGAAAUCUCUCCUGGCUUUUAAGUUUCCCUAAACUUGACUUAUAGGUUAGGAAAUCAAGCAAGUAGAUGGAGGGAAGGCAGGCCUUGUUUUCCAAAAAAAGUAGAUAUCCAUACCAUUUCGAGAAGGUAACUUGAAAAUAAGACAAGAGUAAACACAUUUCAGAAGGCUAGAAACAAACAAAAUCAGGUGUGAACAUUAAAUGUGCUGUGAUUUGGUGCCGAGAGAGGAGAGCUGCCUGGACGGUGAAGAGGGACUUUCUCUCUUGUGCUCGGACCAGGAUGGAUUCGGGACAACCCCUUUGUCUUGGCCUACUAAAGUAGAGCCCCUGCUAGCCUCAAGACUCAGCACCUGCCCCAGUGUGUCUUCUCGUGCAUUGCCUGGAAGAGUAUAAGAAUUUGGAAUCUCCUGUGUGCUCUAGAGCAGGGCUUAUUCACCACUUCCCAGUGUGCAUGUACUCUAUCUCUCUGAGUGUUGAGAAUGCUUAAGCAGCUCUCUUUCCAUGCGGAAUGACCCACCCAUGGGAUAGCUUCCCACUUCCUUGGGGAUUUCCGGGGUGCCUCUUUGGUAGGGGUGUUCCUGAAUCUAUUCCUGCAGCUACAUUCUUCUCCACACAAACCUCUCUCUGUAUAGACAGGCACUGUCUAAGCACCUACUUCCUACAAAUGAAGAAAACACAUCACACUACUAGCUUCGGGGCACUCAACCCCAAUUUCAAGCUAUAUGGAGUGCUUAAAAAAAAACACAAAACACUUCCCUAAGCCUGUACUCUUCACCAGACUAUAAAUGGCUUAUCCUGGUGAAUUGUGGCCAAGCUCUGCUUCUUCAGCAUCCACGGAGAGAAACAGGAAGAGGGGUUUAAAGGGAAAUGUCCAAGGAGUAAAAUAGGGGGGGGGGCUUCCAACUUUUCCCACACACACCCUCCCCACACUGGCUUCCCUCCUCCUCCCUGCUCUACUGAAGGGGACGCGAACCCUGCUGUUGGUUAGAAUUCUUCCUAUUAACAGUGUUCUAUACAUAUAAAUAUAUAUAUAUGGAUAUAUUCCUUUUUUUCAAUCCUGUAGACAUGAACUCAAUGUCCCUUGACCAGACAAACACAUGGCCACUGUUUGGUUUGUGUUUUAUGUUGCUGAAGGCAUCUUAUUUUUGUUUAUUGGAUGGAUUUCCCUGCCUCCCCUCUCUCCCUGGCCCUCCUACCCCCCGCUGCCCCCUGGAUACUAGCUCUAUGGAGGAAAAUUAAAAGCGCAGUGUGUGUAAAAAAAAAUUAAAUUUUUUUUUUAAAAAAGCUUUUUUCCUUUUCUUUUUAAAUGUAUUUAAAUUCUGUUUCUCUCUUGUGUUACUUUACACGUAUGACUGCUCUGCUCUUCUGUGAUCUCAAAGCAAAAUGAAAUAAACGUGAAAAGGAGCUGUA